AUGGCUCUCGAUGAAACAACCGGAUUCAUUAUCGAUGUUGACGACGCCCGCGAGCUCGGAAGGCCGGAGGCCAAGCCGUUUCCCUUGACGACCCUGCCAAAAGAGCUCCGCCUCGAGGUCUAUUCGCACAUGAUGCGGCUCAUAUACCGGCCUAUAUUCUCACACAUCCAUAGCUUGCGAGGGUUCGGCCGCUGGUAUGGUUAUGCUGCCCCAACGUCAGUCUUACAGGCUUCGCGACAAGUCAAUGCUGAGAUACGGGCUGUAUUACGUUGGCUUAACGAUGGCUCCCCGCCCGUUGUCAUAUGCAGCCAGAACCAGGAGGCGUUUUAUAGCAGUCUGCUCUUUUCCCUCACUAUUGCUCGGCGUCGCGAUGUCCAUUGGCUUCAGACGAACGGUUCUUGCCCGGACGGCCUAGGGGUGCAGCCAGCGGCGAGCACCGUCAGCGACCCUGUUAGGUUUAUCAUUGGAGCGCUCGAGCGCUCGGGAGUGGGCGAUUCGUCUUUUCUAAGGUUAUCACCAGAAAUGGCACGAAACGUUUACAACUUCGUAGAGCAAACGCUCAUCCGAUUGCGGCGGAGCCCCAAUCUCGAGCUUGUUCUUCUGGCUGGACACCCACGGCACUCCAGCUCGCCGGAGACCACAACACGCGAAAUCUGCAAACUUCUACAGUCCUUGGGAAGACGAGGAAAAAGUGAAGCAACGAUUAAGACCAGAGUAAGCGUCCUAGGAGCCCUAAGAGGCCCUUGUCAGGAUGACGCACAUUUCCGUCACAACUGGAUACAAGAGCCGGAUCGGAAUGCCAUUCCAUGGGAGAUUGCUUCAAAAGACCAGAUGAAGCUCUUCCGGUAG